AAUGAGAUUGAUUGGUAAAGAGGAAGAGAAAAGGGAAGAGGAUAUUGUUCAACAAGUGACCCAGUUCUUAUCCGAGGAACAAAUUGCCGAGCUAAAGGUUGCAUUUGAUAUGUUUGAUAAGGACGGGGAUGGUUGCGUAACAGUCGAAGAGUUAAAAACAGUUAUGAGAUCUUUAGGUCAAAAUCCUACUGACCGAGAUAUAGAUGAAAUGACUAAUGGGAAUAUAAAACACGGCGAUGGUAACAUUGAUUUUGUUCAAUUUAUUGAAAUGUUGGCUAACUUUUCGGCAAGUUCAAAUGGAACUAGCGAAGAGGAAAUCAGGGAAGCGUUUAAAGCUUUCGAUAAGGACGGUAAUGGAUUCAUUUCUGCCGACGAAAUAUCUUCAAUAAUGUCCAAGUUGGGUGAACACUUAAGUGAAAAUGAAAUUAAAGAAAUGAUCGAAAUGGCUGAUACAGACGGAGACGGAAUGAAUUUAUGGACGUAA